ACAACGGUGAAUCUAAGGGGUUUAGUUCGGUUUUCCUGAUUCGAGACAGUCACAUUGUGAGGGGUAGCGUAAACAUGAGGUUGCUUGCUGUGAUAUUUGCUGUGAUUGGCCUCGCCGUAGCGGAGCUGAAUCCGGAUGCUCGAUUGAUUGGCGGUACCAAUGCUGCAUGGGGUCAAUUUCCAUCGGCCGUUUCAAUCAAUACACCAUUUCAACUGCACUGCGGAGGCGUGAUCGUCAAUCAACAACAUGUGCUAACUUCGGCUCAAUGCGUCCUGAACGCUCAGAAUCGUUUGAUCGAUCCCUACUGGUUGACUGUGGUGGCUGGAGAUGUUGCUUUGGCUCCUAAAGGUCCUCGCCGUCAGACUAGGAAGGUUAGCAGAGUGUACGUUCAUCCGGAGUUUAAUGUAUUUACCAGGGAGAAUGACGUUGCUGUGCUGCGAUUGGAUCGCCCAUACGAACUGCCCUCGAAUACGAUUGACGAAGCUCGACGCCGGAUGCGUGUUACUCCGAAUGCUGAAGCUUGCCAGUUUGCCGGAUGGGGAGCAUCUACGAAUGCGGCCACUGCUCCGCUGAAUGUGCUACAGCGGUUCCUUCCAAUGAACAUCAACGACCGAGAGCUGUGCAACCAGGGAACGAUGCACGCCGGCCGCGUGCUAGAGAGUAUGAUCUGUGCGGGCAACACGGCUGCUUCGAACAAUGCUGCUCCGUGCACUGGUAACUUGGGUACCGGGUUGUACUGUAACCGGCAGCUGGUGGGAAUCCUAUCGUUUGGUGUCAAUUGCGGUACCGCGAACAAUCCUCCGGUGUUUACUCAGGUGCGUUACUACAGCCAAUGGAUCGAUCAGCAGUUCAACCGCACCGAUGGACUGCCACCAAAUUGGACUCCUGGGCACUUGUAGGAUGUUGAUAUUAGUUUGUUAUGAUGA